AUGCAGCGGCCGGAGGCCUGGCCACGUCCGCACCCGGGGGAGGGGGCCUUAGCGGCCCAGGCUGGGGGCCCGACGCCGCCCGCCCGAGCCGGAGAGCCCGCGGCGCCGCGGUUGCAGGAACCUUCCCUCUACACCAUCAAGGCUGUUUUCAUCCUGGAUAAUGAUGGGCGCAGGCUACUGGCCAAGUAUUAUGAUGACACAUUCCCCUCCACGAAGGAGCAGAUGGUCUUCGAGAAAAAUGUCUUCCACAAGACCAGCCGGACUGACAGUGAGAUUGCAUUUUUCGGGGGCAUGACCAUCGUCUACAAGAGCAGCAUCGACCUCUUCCUGUAUGUGGUGGGCUCAUCCUACGAGAAUGAGUUGAUGCUCAUGGCUGUUCUCACCUGCCUGUUUGAGUCUCUGAACCACAUGUUAAGGAAGAACGUGGAGAAACGCUGGCUGCUGGAGAACAUGGAUGGAGCCUUCCUGGUGCUGGAUGAAAUUGUGGAUGGCGGCGUGAUUCUGGAAAGUGACCCCCAGCAGGUGAUCCAGAAAGUGAAUUUUCGGGCGGAUGACAGCAGCUUGAAUGAACAGAGCGUGGCCCAGGUUCUUCAGUCUGCCAAGGAACAAAUUAAAUGGUCAUUACUGAAAUGA